CCGGCGCUGCUGGAGUUUGGCUGCGCGUGAACCUCUCCGUCUCCUUCUUCUCUCAGAUCGCAGACAUGGCGAAAGAUGCUCGGGACAGCUGGGGGAGCCCCAUGGAGUUUGUUCUGGCCUGUGUUUCCUAUGCCGUCGGACUGGGAAACGUGUGGAGGUUUCCUUACCUCUGUCAAAUGCACGGUGGAGGGGGAUUCUUGAUACCAUAUCUCAUCAUGCUGGUCCUGGAGGGCGUGCCUUUGUUCUACCUGGAGCUCGCCAUUGGUCAGAAGAUGCGUUUAGGCAGCAUCGGGGCGUGGACUGCUAUAAGCCCAUAUUUAGGAGGAGUUGGCCUUGCCAGCGUUGUGACAUCUUUGUACUUGUGUCUCUAUUACAACAUUAUCAAUGCUUGGAGUUUCUGGUACCUCUUUCACUCAUUUCAAUCAGUCUUGCCCUGGGCAGUCUGCCCUGCCAAUUCCAACCUGACCGGACCUUUAGAAGAGUGUGAAAAAGCAACACCCACUCAGUAUUUCUUCUACAGAGAGACCCUUAACAUCUCGCCCUCUAUUGAGGAGAAUGGAGGCCUUCAUAUGGGCCAGGCACUCUGCUUCCUGCUUGCAUGGGUGAUAACUUAUCUAUUCAUCGUCCGGGGCAUAAAGUCGACUGGAAAGGUUGUCUACUUCACUGCAACAUUUCCAUACGUUGUCAUGUUGAUCUACUUGAUCCGAGGGAUGACUCUUCAUGGAGCUUUGAAUGGUGUCAAAUACAUGUUCACACCUAAGAUGGAAGAACUUGCCAAUCCUACCACUUGGAUCAAUGCAGCCACUCAGAUCUUUUUCUCCCUGGGUUUGGGCUUUGGGUCGCUCAUUGCCUUUGCCAGCUACAACCAGUACCACAACAACUUUGAGCGUCAAGCCAUCAUUGUCUCUUUUAUCAACAGUGGAACCUCCAUCUUCUCCGCUAUUGUCACAUUUUCCAUAUAUGGGUUCAAGGCCACUGUCAACUAUGAGACCUGCUUGGAGAGGUACAUAUCAUUUGGUGCUGCGAUGGCUGUAGAGGGGGCAGGUCUAGCCUUCAUAGUCUACAGUGAGGCCAUAAAGAACAUGCCAUUGUCCCAGCUGUGGUCCGUGCUGUACUUUGUCAUGCUUCUGCUGUUGGGAAUGGGCAGCAUGCUGGGAAACAUCACAGCCAUUAUCACCCCGCUGCGAGACUUCAAGGUUGUGGCCCGCAUAAGCGAUGAGGUCUUUAACGGUGGGGUGUGUUUGCUGUGCCUUCUCCUUGGCCUGGGCUUCACAACAACAUCAGGAAACUAUUGGUUUACCAUGUUCAAUGACUAUGGAGCCACUUUCUCCCUGUUGUUUGUCGUCCUCAUUGAGGUCAUAGCGGUCAGCUAUAUUUAUGGAAUCAGAAGGUUUGAAAAAGAUAUAGAAGACAUGCUUGGUCAUCGUCCUAACUGGUACUGGAAGAUCAUGUGGGCAGGAGUCAGCCCCCUUCUUCUCAUCUGCCUAUUCGUGUUCUAUGUUGUGAACUACAUCCAAGGUGGAACGCCUACCUACCAAGCAUGGAACAAAGACCUGGGGAAAUCUGAGCAGACGGAGUAUCCAGUCUUUGGUCAGGCUUUCAUCGGACUGCUCCUGGUAUCGUCAGUGAGCUGUAUUCCUCUCACAGCUUUGUACGUCUUUUGCCAAAGGAAAAAACAUGCGCAGCAACAUAAGCAACAGCUCACUGUGAAUACAGUUGCUGCUUAGAGACUGAGCGGGACAGGGAUGAACUUCUUACCACAACCGUUCUGACUGAAAAAACGAGACUGUGGAUUGUAUAAAGAAAAGAUUGCAAGCAAUAAGCACCCGUUUAUGUUUUGUAUUAUAUUAUCUGUGCUAGUUCAAUUUGACGUGAGCCAAAGCUUUUCAAGAUUUGUCAUGAAGGUAAAGGUGUUUUCUGAAUAACGUGGGCUUGCUGGAGAAAUCCAGAUGCAGGCAUGAGAUCUUUCUUUAUUUAUCAGAUAUAUUUUUCACUGAAUCAACUGUUGCUUUGAGCCAAUCAACAACCAGUACUGUAGUCUGAGUCUAACGUUUUCUGUACAGAGCAAGAAGGACUCCUUAAACCCUUUUAACUAGUUUACACAUCUAAACUGAGGAACCUAAUGUAGGUUUUGUCAUUGGUGUAAAUAAAGUGUAGUUUGUCUGAUUGUCAGACGUUUUUAACAAAUAUAGCUGUAUUCAGUAUUUUAUAUGAAUUUGGUUCCCUAUUUGUGUGAUAAUGAAAUGAAUGUAUCUUUGUUCCCAAAACAAGGAGCUAUUGAAUGUAGGCUUUUAGAUUUUAUUUUCAUAUCUAAUUUUUUUUUUAUAAAUAUAUUUUAUACUUUUUUUAGGGCUGCACUGUCGCCUCACAGCAUGAUGUGAACCAGUUCAAAUUAUAGCUGAGGUAUUUUUGUAUAAAGCACAUUUUCCUACAUGAGUGCAUUGAUCUCCUGGCUCAUAGAGUUGGAUCUCACAUUAAUUAGUCUUGUUUGUUUUAAUGUGAUAGGGUUUUUUAUUCAACUGUGUCGUCACGGUGAUCAAGUGUUAAACAAGUAGCCUACCUUGUGGUUGUUACCUCCUGAAAUACACAGUCGCCUCCAACGACUCUAACGCCAGCGGCUGUUUUAAAGAUGGUUGAAACUAAAUAACCAUCCAUUUAAUUCUAAUCAAACAAAAAAACAUAAUUUUGCUCUUCGUAUGUGUUCUUCAUAUUAGCUUUAUUUGUUUAUUAUUAUUAUUUCAGCAGUUGGGCCUUUUAUGUUAAACAAAUAUACAAUAGGAUUGUUUUCUGGAAAAUUUACACAAGAGCGGCUGAAUUAAAAUCACAGUGAGAAAAUAUGUUGGAGAAAGAAUUAAAUGUUUAGACUGAAUAUUGCAGUAAUAUGAUAAACUGUGUAAAAACUUUCAAAAGCAGGUUUAUAUAUUUGUUGUUUAAAGAAUGUGUCAGAAAUUGCUGUUCUUUAUGAAUCAGUUUUCUUAUAGUAAUUGUACAUGUGCCAUUUUUAGUAAAGAAAAUCCAUUACAUUACAUUUCACGGAUUUUGUGUCCGAUUAUCAAAACUAAAUUGUUUGUCUUCGACACUCCCAGCUACUGGUAUUCAAAAUAUGAAUCAGUUGCUCUUUGAUUGCUUGUAAAGAAAUGCAUUUUGCUUUUUUUUUUAAUUCAAUCUGCGAAAUAAGAAGUCAGUAUUCAUCACAGACAAUCAGCAGCUAUUGAGAAUGAUUUCCUGUUAAAUGUUCUAAACAUUUUACACUACCUUGUUAUUGUUCGUUUUUCUUUUUUCUUUUUUUUUUUGAA